AUGGCACUACCGGCGCCACUGCUAGAGAUCAUUGCUGCUAUCAUAACGUAUACAGCCCCCUCGCAAUGGUGUCAGGCUUUCUUCGCCAUCGCAACAAUCACCGCGCUAUCUGUCCAACUGAUUCCCAAGGCCUCUCAAUCCCUGCUCCUUGACUAUGGCCCUCGCGCAACACAAGCCAAGCAUGGCGCUCCCGGAGACCGAACAGACUGGCUAUACACGAGUGUCCGGCUCGUCACGGCGGUGCAGGUGCCGCACUCGUGGUUCAAUCACUUUUACGCCGCGUCCGUGGCGGCAUCUGCCUUUUGGGCAUAUCAGUAUUUCGCUGGCAGGUCCUUGUUAUUGGCAAUAAUCACGAAGCAGGCAGCUGUGGAGGGCCCUUCCAUGGGGAAGGAACAGGUCUGGCUGGUAUGGAGUUUGAUGGCUCUGCAAGGUGGACGCAGACUGUUCGAAUGCUUCUAUGUCAUGAAGCCGUCCCGUUCAAAGAUGUGGCUAGGUCACUGGGCUUUGGGCUUGAUUUAUUAUCUUGAUAUGAGCGUUGCGAUCUGGAUCGAAGGAUCACGUUCACUCUUGCAUUCCGAGGCAGACACUGCAGUGUCAAGCCGCUUCUCAACCUCCCAACUCGUGGGUAUUGCCAUCUUUACCACAGGAUGGUUGCAGCAGCACAAAUGCCACCAGUAUCUGGCCAGUCUGAAGAAGUACACCUUGCCUGAACAGGGACUAUUCAGGCACAUCGUAUGCGCUCAUUACACCUGCGAGUGUCUCGUCUACGGCGGACUCGCCAUGGCCGCAGCCCCAUCUGGACGGUGGUUUAAUCGUACACUCAUCUGUGGCCUCUGGUUCGUCGUUGUCAACCUCGGCAGCACAGCCCACGGUACGAAGAAAUGGUACUCCGAAAAGUUUGGCGAGGCAAGAGUGGCGCCCAAGUGGAAGAUGAUCCCCUUUAUCUUUUGAUACUCACUUGAGCAAAGAGAUGGGUUGUCUCAACGCCCUCCAAGAAAUCCAAACCUAGACCCCAGCUUGGAGACUUUCAUUACGUCUCGGUAUGUGAGGCUCGUGCGAGUUGCGCGUACGUUGUGGCCCUCGCUGAAGCUUUCCGGGGAUCCCAGCAGGGCCCAGUUUGCGACUGUGUCGGCCGAGAGUUCCACGUCCUGCUCAAGGUCCGCGAUGCCAUGUAAAUAAUCGGUGUAGAGCGCAUCAGUCGUGAUCAAAAGGCUCCGCGGCUCCUGCAAGAUUCGCCAAAUAGGCUUCGGGUCCAAGGCACCGUCAUCUUUGCUCUGAUGGAGAUUCAGGCACAAGCUUGCACCCAGACUGACUGUGCAAACAACCGGGUGGUAGGCAGAUCCGUCCUGUAUUUGGUCUCAUGAGUACUCCUGCGUAUAUGCAACAACAUACCCUAGACUUGCCUUGUGCGGCAUGAUACCCACUCCAGGGGGGUAUUCGUUGAUCAAAACGUGGUUCGGUCGUUUGUGGGGGCUGUCGGAAAACAAGCUGUCGGAAGCAUCGUCGUUGGAGCGACGUAGGUCACAAAGUCGAGUAACGAUGGGCGUCUCGAGCCAACGAGGCAGAGGGGCAUCAAUGAGCUUGUCGUGUACAAGAUCGGACGGCCAGGUUUGCAGACGACGGUGGGUAAGCUGCUUCCACCGCGGUUUCGGCGCUUCUGCGAUCUUUCGGCAGUCAGCAGCUUGUUCUGGGCUGGCUGUUCAAGUCAUGUCGUCGCCACCAGUACCUUUUGCAGGAUGCUGGCCUCUUCUUCCUCGGACAAGAAGUUUGGGAUGUAGAAAGCAGAUGCUGGCAGCGUUGUGAUUUUGGCCUCAGCCAGAGAUGGCAGGGGUUGUAAGGUCAUGGCGGC